AAACAAAACAUGUGAUUUCUAACGUGGUGUAUUGAUGACGUCAAAAUAGUCAAUUCUGAUUGGUUGUUCAAUGACAGGUGCCACUCAAAAACCACGUGGUGUAUUAAUAUUUUCCUAGCGUUGAGUGUUUUGGUCGGGCCGCGCCAUCUUCCUCGAAUGUACGUUGUUUUACGUUUCUUUGGACCAACAAUACAGCCCGGCCUUUUAAACACUCAGCAAAGGAUAUAUUCGUCACCUCUGCUUGCUAAAAAUUCAAAUCGAGAACUGAAAUGAGUCUGGAUACACUGCUUGAAGCUGCUGAAUUUCUGGAAUGGCGUAACCAGUCCAAAACACGUGUUGAUGAGUCUGCAGGCCGAGUAUCGUCAACAAACGGAUCUGAUACUUCACAAGAUUCCUACAGCUCUGCAAAAAUCAUCUACAUGGAUCCAGACGACGCAACGUUACGUCGGCGUGCAGGAGGAGCUGGGACCAGAGAGGUUCACAAUAAAUUAGAGAAAAACAGGAGGGCACAUCUGAAGGAAUGCUUUGAUAUUUUAAAGAAACAGAUUCCAACCUUGGAGGAUAAGAGGACUUCAAAUCUCUGUAUUUUACGUGGCUCUAUACGAUACAUUCAGGCAGUAAAAAGGAAAGAGAAAGAAUAUGAACUAGAAAUGCAAAGAUUAGCAAGGGAGAAAAUAACACUUCAAGAGAGAAUCCACAAUUUAAAAUCCGAGUUAGCCAGGAUGAAUAUUGAAGUGGAUUUAAAUAAGUGGGUUACCCUCCCUGAUGAACAAGACACCAAUUCCACAUCAACAGCUACAGAACAAGGAAGUCCAAUAUGCAGUGAUGAUGAUGAUGAUGAUAUUAGAAGUCCUAAUAAAUCAUACAUGGGUGAAAGGGACAUUGUAAAGAAAUUAUUCCCAGGCAGCAGCAAUCAGAAUGCAAUCAACCACCAGAGAGAACUGACAAUAAUAAAGGUCAGCAAGCCUGACCACGUCAACAUGCCAGCAGCCACCAUAUUGAAAAUUCCAACCUCUAAAUCUCCUCUUCAACAGCAUUUAAUGUCUCCCAUACAAGGGAAUUCUCUGUUAACAAAGCCUCCUCUUCCAGCUCGGCCUGAGCAGACGUCAUCUGCACCUGCUACUGUGACUACCUCGAAUUCCUUAGAUACACGCACGCCAGUAACGCAGCUGUUGGCCAGGACAUUAGAGAAAAGACAAAAACAACAACAGAGUGCCAUAGUCACAGUGACAAGCGUCAGUCCCAGUGUUAAACCACCACCAGUACCAACAGUACCAUUAAAGACCAUUCCUUUGAGACAUUCUCUGGGCAUUCCAAUAGCAACACAGUUUGUUGCUGCCCAAGGAGCAGCCCAGUUAGCAGCAAUUAAUAAACUGGUUUCCCAGGGUACCUUAGCCAUGCCGGUCUCCAUGGCCAAAGGAUUUGCCCAGCCCAUUCUGGUAUCUACUAACCUGAUGACAGGACUAACUUCUAGUCAGCAACAACAGAUAUUGAAUAGUGCUGCAACACAGAGUAUGGCAAAACAGACUGCAGCUGCCACUUCUUCAAUUACUACAGCAACCACCACUGUCAAAGUCACAGCACUAUCCGCCACACCACUGUCAGCUUCAACACUAUCGACUACACCAUUGUCAGCUACACAGCUGUCGGGAACUCCUUCUAUGGCUACCUUAGGAAAUGUUUCCAACAUCAGACCACUUGCAAAUACAGGCACAACUCACAUGCUGGGACAAAUCCCCUUCAACAUUCUAGCUCAAGCACUGCCGAGAACAUCUUUAGGACAAGUCGUGACACCAUCCACUUCCACAGUGUCAGUCUCUAUUCCCUCUAGUCUGCCACAGAAUGUUAACAUGCAGCAGCUCAUGUCACUUGCUCAAAUUACUCAAGGGACACAAUUGGUGUCCCCCAUGACAGUUAUGUCCCCUGGAGUGCAGUUUGCACAGGGAUUAACUCAGACACAGUUAAACUCUAUGCUUUCAAGUCCUCUUUUAAAGCAGAUUCCCUUGAUUCCCCAUGGAUUCUUGCAGGGAGCUCAGAUGGGGGGUGUUUUAGGACAACAAGUGGUGAAACCUGUUGUAGUGGUCAGCCUGCCCAGUGUGGUGAGCACCACUGCAACCACUUCUACCAUAGCUGCUACUACCACCACCACCACAUCAUAGGAAUUGAAUGAAGCCAACUGAGUCAUUAUUGAAAUCCAGACAAUUUUAGCAGAAACUCACAACCAUGUGUCAUCAAUACUGAUAUGUAAUGAUGUAAAAUGUAUCACAAACUGUUAUGUUAUUUUGGGUACAGUCUAGUAAUUUUAAAUUGAUGAGCUUAGUAUCUCUCAUUGGAUCAUGUAUAUGUAUUAUCUAUAUCGUGUCAAACUCAUAAGUUCAAGAUUGAGGAGUACUUGAGAGGAAAAAUAUGAAAAUAUUGCUUUCAUGUUACAUGUGGAUAUGAUAUGUCAUUCAUUCUGAUAAAUAUUUAUAACCCUUCAUGGACCUGAUUUGAAGAAUAAUCACUUUAUCAAUUGUUACAGUAAUUUGUAAUUCAAUUUCAUCCAGCUUUCUUGAAUAAUCAUUCACAGACCUUAUUUCACAUAUAUGUGUUUAUUUUUACAACAAUGUAUUAGUUUAUGCUAACUUAAUUCACAGAUUUCCAAAUGUGGAAUGGCUUCUCGAAGCAUUUUAAUAGCUCACCUGAGCAAAAGGCACAAGUGAGCUUUUGUGAUCCAAAUUUGUCCGUUAUCUGUUGUUUUUGUUGUCACAAACUUUUCUCCAGAACUACUGGGUCAUUUUCUACUAAACUUGCCUCAAAGCUUCCUUGGGUGAAUUUUAUUUAAAUUUCUUUAUUUGAAGGUCCAUGUCAUCUUUCAAGGGGAGAUCAUUAAGAAUUAGUGGAAAUUUAAUGGCAUCUUUUAAAAAUAUUCUUCUCAAUAAUCACUCGUCAAGACAAGAUUAAACAUAUUUAAAAAAUUCAUUACAUAGUGUAGAUUCAAAUUUGUUAAAAUCUUGACCCCCAGGGUAGGAUGGGGCCACAAUAGGGGAUUAAAGUUUAACAUAGGAAUAUGGUGGAAUUAAAGAAAAAAAUCUCAAGAACAGUAAGGCCAUGAUAAGUCAUAUUCACAUGGAAACAUCCUCAGGUAACAGUAAGGCCAUGAUAAGUCAUAUUCACAUGGAAACAUCCUCAGGUAAUGUAGAUUCAAGUUUGUUAAAAUCAUAAUCCCUGCGGUAGGGUUGAGCUACAAUAUAGGAUCAAAAUUUAACAUAGGAAUAUAUUGGGGGGGGGGGGGGGGGCUUAUGUUAAUGGAGAAGAGCAGGGUCUUAGUUACUCAGGUGAGCGAUUUUGUCCAUGUGCCUCAUUUCAAACUGUGACAUAAUGCAGUCAACUGUUGAGGUGGUAAAACAAUGCAUUUCACGCCAUUUCUGUAAAGUGCUACAUUUAUUUUUUUUUUUGAUUUUGAGAAAGUUGUAUAUGUUUUUGUUAAAUCUGUUGUUAUUGUUGAUGACUGUAAAUAUUUCUGGUUUUCUGUUUAUACAGGCCAAAUCACCUCUGUCUGUGAUCUUAUAUUAAUUAUGUGGAACAUAUUUACCAUAAGCAUUUUGUAAAAAUACAGUGUAUGUAAUGAUGCAGAAAUUUUAGAGAGAGGGUAGAAGACUUCUACGUGAAGUGUGUAAGAUAAGAACGAUAUAUGUUUUUGAGGUAUGGUUGUUUAAAAUGCAUGAUAUUUUGGAGAACAUAGAGAUAUUUAUGAAUGAUACUAAUAGUUAGAUUUAAGUACAAGGUAUUGCAUUAUAAAAUUCCCUUUGGUGCAUUCAGUUAAUUUGUACAGUAUGUAUUGUGACUAUGUGUUGAAUUUGGAUGAUGACAGCUACUCAGUUUUAGUGAAGAUACAGCUUGUACACAUUAUAUAUAUAGGUACAGAAUGUGAUGUUUUCGAGAAAUACUGAAUGGUAAAGGUUUACUCCAUUUGAGUAUAUGUAUUCUGACUUCAGAAGUAAGAGAAAUGAUGCAGAAUUUUUUUUUUUCAUUUGGGUUUGUUUUUCAUUUGCAAUUUCAUUUUGUGUAACAAAAUCUAGCUGAAUUUCUGUUAGAUUUUAACACGGAUAAAAACUUACUGUAAUUCAGAGUUGGAAACUCCUGAGGAGCAUCAUAGAUAAUAAAGAUUUAAAAAAAUGUUUUCUUUCAACAAAAGCUAUACUUAAUUGUCUGAUAUUGGAAAGUCUAAUAUAAACAAAAACAUGCCUCUACAUUUAUAUUAACUGUGUAUAAUAAUGUCAGAUUCAUUCAUCAUAGAAUACUGUAUGUGUACUUAAAAAAGCGGGCUUCAUAUUUUAGUGGCUUUGGUGCAGACAGCGAUGCGCUAAUUCAUAAAUACCACUAAGAAAUCAAUUAUAUAUAUACAAAACAUGGCAUGGAAAUGUGAAGCGCUAAUUUAUGAUUAUGCCAACAACUACAUGCCCAGUGAUUGUGCUAAAUUUUGAAUACGCCAAUUUAUGUACACAUACAGUAUGUAUAAAGAUCUACAAGAAUUUGUAAACCAUUACUGUAUUAUAAAUUGGAUAGUCAUAUAGGAAUCUACAAACACCAUUUGUAAAAGGGGGGUAAUUUUAUUCAUUUCUAGCUGUUAAAUUACAUAUAUACUAUAAAUAUUUGAAAAUUAAUCCAAAAAUAAAAGUAAUCAAUAUU